AUGAGGUACUUGUGUCCCGCGCAGCUUCUGAGUCUCCUGCUGUUGGCACUGCUCAAGGCCCGGCUCUCAGUCCCAGCUCAUCCCAUCACCAAAAGCUUUCUGCCGCUGACGAUCAGCACUUGGAACUACACGGACGCCAACCGCGAGGCAUGGACCGUGCUCCGGCAGGGCCUACGGCGGACGCGCCAGUCCGUGAUCCAAGGCUGCCUGCACUGCCAGAAUUCGAACAGCUGCGGCCGCCUUCUGGGCGGUCACAGCGCUCCCAACAGCUCCGGCGGGAUCACCCUGGAAGCGGCCCUCAUUGAUGGCGCAAGCAUGGACUACGGGGCUGUGGCCGGAAUGCCAGGGAUACGCAAUGCCAUCGGAGUGGCGCACGACGUCCUGAGGUACACGAACCACUCGCUGUUGGUGGGCGAGAAUGCCGCCAGGUUCGCCGAGGCCAUGGGACACAAGAAAGAGGUUCACUCUCUUUCGACCACUUUGGACGUCCUGCUCCCCUGGCUUCUGGGCAAAUGUCAGCCCAACUUCUGGCGGAAUGUGCGGCCGCUGGCCAACGACAGCUGCGGCACGUACUCGCCGCUGCCCCAGGAGCAGCAGCAGCGGGAGAUGCGUCAGGAGUACCCCAUCGAGCCGGGCCACCACGAUCAAGUGGGCUUCCUGUUCCUGGACACGGAAGGCCACCUCCAUGCGGCCAGCCUCUCGAGCGGCACGCGCUUCCGCAUCCCCGGCCGAGUGGGCGAUGCUGCUGUGCCCGGAGCCGGCAUCUAUGCCGAUAACCAUGUGGGCGGCGCCCUGGCCACCGGAGACGGGGAUGUCCUGAUGCGCUUUUUGCCCGCCUUGUUGGCCGUAGAGGCCCUCCGCGACGGACAGUCUCCGGCCAGUGCCGCCGAGGCGGUGAUGCGACGCCUUCUCAGGCACCACACGGAGUUCAAUGGCGGCCUGGUGGUGGUCAGUCGAUUGGGUGUCUACUCGGCGGCCUGCGCCGGUCUGGAUGAGUUCCAGUUUGUGGUUAGCGGCGAGAGCAGGGGCAGGUCCAUGCGUCGAGUAGAGAGAAUCAAAUGCUUGAAUCGCCAUGAAGUCGUAACCGGAGGACCCCGGGGAGAUUUCUAUGUAGCCCCCAAGAAGAUAUGGGCGGCCGGGGGGAAGAUAUCUUGAUGCAGCGAGUGGAGAAAAUUACGCUUAACGAAGGAGUUGAUUCCCGAGAGUUUGAGGAGGAAUGCGUAGAAGACAAGGCCGCGGAAAUAGACGAGGAUGAAGGGGAGAAAGAGGAGGAGGUACGAUCCCUCUUAGACGAAUCUCCGGGAGAUCUUUUGCUCCAUCAGCUCGGCCUUGCGUCACCUUUUCCCUUCCGUUUUCCUUUUAUUUACUUUUGAGGGGAAAAAACCUUGCCCUCUGCCGACCCCCUCCCCCGCUGCAGCUCUGCAGCACACAAUUGGUACAACGAUUUCAGUUUUCCAGUUUUCCAUUUCGGGUCCUUUCGUUUUCCUUUCCCGCACUCGUAUCCCCAAUUCAUCUGCUUUGCAUAUUUCUUUGUUAUUUUUCAGUAUUAUUUUCCCUUCUUUUUCCAUUUCGGGGGCUUAGUCUCCCCCCCUCUGGACCACCCCCUGCCUUGCGAUUGUGUAACGUAAUCCCCUCGUGUUGGUUUCCUUCGAAAAUCUGCUGUAAAUGUAUGCAAAUAAGUACAGUUGUGCUUUAAUUUGUGCGAGUCCCACAAACUUUUGACGGGUGUGACCUAACCAUUAAAGUUUUUCCGGGAAAGUUUUCAAUUGCGGCAAAGGAAAACAAAGGAAAAUCUGCGGGGAUUGCUGUAAGCUAACUAUUUUUGACCAGUAUUACUACGAAAUAUGCUAUAUACCAGAGCUUGUACUACAACCACAAUCUACUCGUGGAAUAUCGUUCGUCAAAGCUCUUGAAGAGCUGCACUCCAUUCAAUUAAAAACGCAAAUGUCUUACUCAGCCUUAUCUAUCACACGCCACGAUUAUAUUUUUGUGAGUCAUAAAAAUUGAUUGCAAAAAGUCGCUGCGAUCCGCGGCGAUAAGUCAAAGACCCACAGGCACAGAAAAUACCAAUUGGCCGGCGAUGGGCAAUCGAAAGGCAACCAAGAAAUUGACGACAAUAAAAACACUAUAAAUGGGGGAAGUGUUAUUUCUAACGAGGGGGAACGUUGUGAGUUGCUGCGGACACCGCAACUCUACAGUUAUACCCGAUACUAAGUCAGUACGAAACUUGGAACAUCAAGAAUAGCAACAUCUGAGUGGACCAUGAUCGUAUACUAUGACUUGGACCCAUAUUGGAAGGAUAUGCAACUAAUGUCUGCUGGAAUUUCAGAGUUACGAUACAUGUGCCCUGAAUUAAAAAAUGUUCCGGCAUGUAACUCCAUAGUUCAACACUUUCAACAUGUGUAUAACGAGCUACAAGCAGGAAGCGUUUUAAUGAAAAACUCUCGAAAACGCAGAUCGCCGCUGGACAUCAUAGGAAAUGUAGCAAGCAGUCUUUUUGGUGUUCUCGACGCAAAACCAAUGAAGACUUUCUACUACAUCUGCUCCAAAACCAAACAUCAAUUGUCGACGCGACAAUAAACGUAGUCAGAAAAGACAAAGUAACAACUGAUAAUCGCAUAAAAAUUUUGGAACAGCAUAUGGCUACCAUCAACCGAGAAAGAGGGUCAUAUCACAGCGAUCAUCUGACUCAAGCGUACUUAGGACUAAUAGCACAAUUAAACCUGCUCACAACAACUCUCCAACGAAUGCAGUCCGACAUAUCUGAUGUCCUAAUCGGUAUUCAUCAUCGGAGAAUAAGCCCCACGCUGGUGUCUCCCGAGCAACUAACAGACCAACUAGACCAGAUACGGGAUCAUUUGCCACAAGAUCAAAUGCUGCCGGUCACAACGAAGGAGGUGAUUCAACUAUACAGAAUCAUGCGAGCCGAAGGAACCCCGACUGCAAAACACGUCAUCUUCAAGCUGACGCUACCGCUGGUCUCAACAGCUCAGCUCGAAGUCUUCAGCAUCAUCCCAAUUCCGUUUUGGGACUCAACAAGCUGAAGUCUAUUUGACCUCAGAACCACCAUAGUAAGGGUGAACAUCCACCGAGACCAGUUCAUGGGCACUACCCAAGAGGAAUUCCGACGUUGUCUUAAAGUACACAACGAGGAGUUCAUCUGCUUUGACCAUCAGACGAUCUUCAAUGUGGACAAUCGCUGUGAGUUUCAACUGUUUAACAAUAAAACAGAAACACUGUGUCAGGUAACACACACAAAGGCUGACACGGUGUGGCUAAAAACUCAGCAUCCAAAUAAAUGGAUCUUCGCAACGCAUUCUACAACUAAACUUCAAGCAGUAUGCAACGGAGUUCCGUCAACCAUCACACUGGAAGGAACUGGUCUACUCUCCAUGUCCCCUGGUUGCACGGCUCGCAAUACUGAAGUAAGCAUCAGCACCUUCAGCACCACAAUCAGCGAAGUAAAAUCGACUUACACUCGGUUUGGUGACGUGAGCCCGCCGGAGACAUCACCCUCGCCACCAAUGUGGCAACUGAAGAACCAGACAUCAGACUUUCUUCAAGAACUUGAUGAUCUACGCCAGCAACUAUCAGCCAUCAAUCAUCACGAGCUGCCACACCAUCUCACCACCGUGCAGCACCAUCAACUCGCUGCUUAUGCAGCCCUAGCAAUAUCAAUUCUAUUGAUCAUUGCCUUCAUUUUCCGGAAGAAGUAUCAACUAAGGAAUCCAAGGCCAUCAAAUCCCGAUCCAGCCAUGUCAUCACCCCCUAUACCCCUAUAUAUAUAUAUACCCCUAUACCAGUUUCAACGGCCGGGAGAAUGUUCAGUUGCAGAAAUAUGCUUAAGUAAUAGUUUAUAAUACCCGUCGGCAUGACACAGUGGCACCGUGACACAGUGCUCUAGUUAACAUGUAAUAUAAUACCUCACGACAACACACUGGCCACUGCAGUGAGUUCUGCUGACAAUGCACUCUCUUCGCAGAGGGCAAAGACAGCGGGGCAGUUGCUGACCAUCAAAAUAUCGCAAUUGCCCACCAGACACUAAAAUUAUCCAUAAUACCCAAAACAUAUAUUUUACAGAC